GAUCGCUGUGGGAAUUCAGUUAAUUGUGGACGCUGUAGCCCAACGGACGCAAGCGCGGCGCUCGAGAGACUUUCCGAGGUUUUCCCAAAUACAAAACACUACGUGUUUCUGGUCGUGAAAGUAUCUCUUCCAGUUAGGCAGUUCCUUCUGCAGUGGCCCCACCCUUCUACCCUCCGUUUGUGAGCCCCGAAAGAGCCUUUCAAGGGGAAGUCGUCGAAGAAAACACGAGCCACACAGCUGAAAACCUAUUUAAGGACCGUUCUAAAAACCAAGGAUUUGCAGCAAAGACCUCUUUCGACCAAGUCAGUUAAAUAAAGGUUUUUCAGAGUGUGUGCCCCUGUGUGAGUGCGUGUGUGAGCCUUAAUCCAUUAAAGUAAUUAAGCCAAAAUAAAACAACAUAUAUAAUUCGCGAAAAAAACUUUUGAAAGAGCCAUAAACAAAUCGCAGUCUGCGAAAUCCGUUCAAAGCUCGCGCCAAUAUUGCUCCAAUUUAGAAAACGGCUUAGCAACAAUUGCAUUGAACAGUUGAACAACAAACCUGAGACCGAAAACAACAAAACCACCACCCGUAAAUAUAGAAAGCUUAACAAUCAAACCCAGCAACAACGACAACGAGGGAUUAAGAGCCAGUAACAACUAUAAAUGUGGUGGGUGCAUUAUUACCAUUAACCAAAUCCCAGAGAGACACAGUGGCCAGAAUGAUCGCAGAGCAGCUGGUGGUCAAAAGUGGCCCAGUGAAUCACUGAGAGGCCUCCAGGAAAGCGAUCCCCACUUGAGCACUGAGAACAAAAGAAGCACUAAAGCGCUUGAUUUAAAGGUGGACAGGUGGAUUAAACCGAAAGCGGAAUGGCACACUUUUGCUGGCUCCUCAAACUCUGUUUCUUGCUGCUGAUGUUGUCCGGCUGCCGGACACGCCCCGCCCCGAUCCCCGCCCCCUUGCCGGGCAGCAGGCAGAGUGAGCUCAUCGCGGGCAACGAGUUCCUCAAGCUGUUCCUCGACCAUGAUGACCAGCAACGGAGUCUGCACAGCGGCGAGCAGGACUUCGAGGGUCGGGCGGAGUCCCCGUCCUCCUCCCCCAAUCCCCGCCAGAGAAUGGCUACCGGAAGGAGCCUGGAUGUCGGCAGGAAUCGCUACGGGAACUCCCUGACCUCGGGAAACUCCCAGGACGAGGAGCCAUCCGACUCCAAGCAGGUCAAGCUGGUGACCUCGGGCAGCAAAAUAGUGUUCCUCGAGGAUGCCCCCGCAAAGGGCAAGGGAAAGUCCAGUGACGAGGUCAAAGUGGUGGCCGUGAGUGUGAGUUCCUCCAGCAAAAGAGGACCCUCGAGGAGCAGUUCUCCUCCUGGUGCCACAGGAAGUGGCAGGGAUUUUGUGAACCGCUCGCAUAAGAGCGAGCUUUCCAUAGAGGAAACGGAACCCCGGUUGGCGGGGGAUUCCAUGGACAGCGAGGUGGAUUCCCUGAACAGUGCCUCCAAUAUACAGAGUGUACUGGCUGCUCCUUUGCUGGCAGCCGCCUCUACACACUCCUUUCUGAAAAACCAAAGUGAGCUGGCCGAAGAUGAGUUGGUGGGAACUGGUUCUGCGGCCGGCUUGCCCUUUCAAACGGUGAUUUAUCAUGACACCAAGCAGGGCAGCCGGGGACCCCAGUCCAGGUCGAUAUCCUACAGCUCCAUCUCCCAAAACGUAGACGAUUUGCAGACCUGGCAGCAGUCGAGAAGCGGCAUUCUGGCCGAGGCCCAGAGAAAUGUCAGUGAGAGCCUGAAACAUGGACAUGGAUCCUCGGAGCCAGCCAAGUUCUACUCGGUUCCCUCGAAAAUGUACAGUGUGCCCAGUAAAUUUUACUCAGAGCCCGCCAAGGUCUACUCGGAGCCCGCCAAAAUGUACGGUCAGCCGGAGAAGGUGUACUCAGAGCCCUCGAAGGUCUACGGACAGCCCUCCAAGUUCUACUCGGAGCCCGCUAAGGUCUACUCGCAACCCUCGAAGGUGUAUGGCGAACCGGCCAAGACCUACUGGCCACAGACGCUGACCACCACGGCAGCAAGAGCACUGGGCAGCACCACAGCAACCUCCUCCUCGACCAGCACCACUGAGAAACCCCCUACAACCACCUCUUUCGUACCACUGAGAUCCAGACCACGACCUGCGAUUGUGUCGCGCAUCACCUUCGGCGAGGCCCAGAGCACGAGCAGCACGACGGCAGCAACACCAAGCAGCACGGCAGCAACACCGGGCAGCACGGCAGCAACACUGGCCGGCAGGGUCACCACAGUGAGGCCCCUCGCUGGUGGAACCUCCACCAGCAUCAGGCCAACCACUUGGCAGCACCACUACCACAGCUACAGCCACCAGCAGCAGCCGGCGCAUCCAACUCGCAGAGUGCUCUUCAAUUUGGAUAAAUUGCCUUAUGAUUUAUUGAAUGCUCCGCAGCCGCAGUCGCAGUUGCAUCCAUUGGAGCCAAUUUUAUCGAAGCACUCAAGUCCGAGCCACUACCACCAGCAGCAGCACCAGCACCAGCAGCAGCAGCAACAUCUGCAGCAGCAACAGCAACACCAAGUUGCAAGUCCGUGCUGGGAGCAACAGCGUCAGCAUUCAUCACCGCCGCAUCAACAUUCUAAUCAAAAUGCCAAAGGAUUGCCCAAUAGAGAUCUAGUCAAAUGUGUUUCCAAAUUUGCACACCAACAUGGAGCAGCCGGAUCGGCAUCAGUGGUGGACCCAUCGGCGCCGUCGUCUUCGGGGUCAGGCGGUGGCUACUCGUACAGCUCCAGCUCGUCCUCCUCCUCGUCCUCCUCGUCCGCAGGCGCUGCCGCGGCCUCCUCAGCUGGGAAACAGCACUUCACCACCGAGCGCGCCGAGCUCUAUACUCCGACCUCAGAGCAGAAUUACGAAAUUGAGGAGUCCGUUAGUGUUAUGACAAACGGACGGGCCCACGGAGUGCAGGGUGGUGCCGGUGGUGCGGCGGGGCAGGGGCAGGUCACCACGCCACCCGGUCCAGUCCAAGCCAGCCCAAGCUCCACCGCCACCAGCUCAAAUCGUGGCAUCAACAGAGGACGUGGCUCGGUGGUUUACAAUGCAAAUGCCAACGAUUACUCGGAUGGCGACGACGGUGAUGGAGACUCUGGGGACGGGGACUCGGGUGCGGAGGGCCCGGGAGGCCCCGGCCCCGACACCACCCCCGAUGACGAAGACAAAGUCGCCUACGUGGUCGAGGGACGCAACUACCGAAAGUACCGGGUGGAGGAGAAGACCGACGACGGCUUCAUCGUCGGCGAGUACGGAGUGGUGGACCACAACGAUGGGAACCUGUGGGGAGUGCGUUACACCGCCGACUCCACCAUCAACCGCAGUCUGAUACAGAAGGCGUUGCUCACGUUUCUCAAGCUCAAGUAGGGGCCAAAUGGUCAGCCUCCAGGCGGAAAAAAUGGAAAUGAAGUGGGGAAAAUCGCCAGAACAGGGGAAAAUCAUUCGAAAACAGAGAUUUUUUAGAACAUUGCGAACGUUUAGAUAGGAAUCUAAACUCAAAAUAAUUGUUAAGAUAUAAUAUUGUAUUAAAUACCUAACCUUCUUAAGUCUUAUAUCUUCGAAGCAAAAAGAUCUUGAGAUUUCAACACAAAGACUUGAAUAAAGAUGAUGAAAAGUGGCAAUUUAAAAUAAAUUCUGAGAAUAAUUUAAAAUUCAUAAAGAAAAUCACUAGAAAAACUAUAGUUUAUUAGUAAAACAUUUUUGUAAUUAUAACUUUUAUAUAUAAGAGAGCUCUUCAAAGUUAUCGAAAAACACGGCGAUUUUCUCAAGUUCAGAGCGAUGAUUUUCCCGAGUGCCCGAAAUCCCCGCACUUCCCCACUGAAGAGACAGCUGCAAAGGCAUUCACAUGUGAUCCAAGUCGUAUUGUACUUAGCCUAGAUAACCUAAUCCUAGAUCUAAAUAGGUAAUCCUAAUUAGAAGUACCCUAGUACGUAGCCACUAGUUGAGUUCCCACGACAUCAGUUUGUGUGUUUAGUCAGUAAACGAAUUUUGUUUAAUGUUUAGUUAAUGUUUUAAUUAAUUUAUUGUAGUUGUUGGUAUUGUAAUUGUAAUCGUAGCCCGUAACCGAAAUCCGAGCCUAAUUUAUUCAGCCGACCAGCGACUCGAAAUCCGCAGAACUAGCAACUUGCAACUUGCCAUAAAAUCGGAGCACCUACCAGCAUUAAGAACGAGCGAAAAACUAUCCUAAUUAGAGACUUAAGUGACUUGUGUAGUGAAAUAAACUAAAUUGCAUCGAAAGUAA